AGAUCUAUAUGAUAGUUAGUUUUAAUUGUCAGCUUUGCACAAUCUAGAAUCACAUGGCAAGAAAGUCUCACUGAGAGAUUGAGUGAGUUGGCCUGAGAGAUGACCUUAGUUAUGUUAAUUGAGGUGGGAAGCCCCACUCUGAAUGUGAACAGCACCAUUUCCUAUGCUGGGCCUUGAACUGAGCAAAAAGGAGAGAGAGCCAGCUAAGCACUGGCAAACAAGCAUGAGCCUAUUCUUGACUCUGCAUAUGACUAGCUGUUUCAAGUUACUGCCACCUUGAGUUCUCUGCCAUGAUGAACUGUCACCUGGAAUUGUGAGCUACAAAACCUCUUUUCUCCCUUUAAGUAGCUUUUGCUGGAGUGUUUUAUCACUCCAACUGGAAGAACUAGGAUGGUUUCAUGCAUCAUUCUCUCGUGAGUAUCCAGAGUAAGUUUGCAUUCCCUUGAGUAUGGUGAGCCAAUUGCUUCUUCUAGGUGUGUGUGUGUGUGUGUGUGUGUGUGUGUGUGUGUGUGUGUGUGUGUGUGUGACACAUGUGGGUGUCAGAGGACAGUUUUCAGGAGUUGGUUCUUUCUGUUUGGACCUUAGGGACUCAAGUCUUGAGGUCUGUCAUCAAGAAUCUUCACUCUGAGUCAUCUUGUCAGUCUGACAAUGAUUUUUUUUUUUGACCCACGGAAGAAAGCAGAAUCCUUGAACCAAUUGCGGGGGCAAUGUUAAGAUGGAAGAAACCACCAUAACAAUGAACUCUUUGCAAUUCAAUCUACUUCAGAGGAGGAAAAAAAUGUAAAACUAACUGUAAUAGGAGAGCUGCUUCCCCUUGCUGCUGCAAAUAGGUCAUUCUAAGCCACUACUAUGUUAACCAUGUGUAUCUGAGUGGCCACAUGCUAUAUUGUUAUAUAAGAUCACGUCCUUUUUGGAUAAUAUGUUUUUAUUAAGAUUCCACUUAAUGUUAUAUGGCAAAGAUGGAUGAAAGCCAAGGUCCUGUUUUUCUCAAUUUUUUUUUCUAAUAAAGAAAGCAGUUCCUCCUCAGCAUAAAAAUGCCAUUCCACAGGGCCUUGGCAAUCCUUCUCUCAGCCUAAAAAGUCACUGAUAGAAAGAUGGAAGAGAAACAAUGGUAGUCAGCUCACUCCAAGUAGGGUUCCCAAUCUUAUCCCUGAGAGCAGAUGGCAACUUUUGAAAGUGCUUCCCUCAAUAUGUAACAAUCACAACAUUUGAGGUGUGUGUGAGUGUGUUCAAGAAACAUUGGCUUGAAGUUGCAGUGCAAUGUAAGCUAGCCCUGUAAUAAUAGCUCCUGGGAAUGCAGAGGAUGGCUUGGCAUUAGGCAUUCUCCUCGUGUUUCACAUAAAUGCAUCCUGUUCUCAGGAGCUGACGAGCGCAGUGCACUUGCCCUGGCUCAUUCAAAUUGAAUGUUGGUAAAAGGAGAGUCCUGAGCAAACAGAACACUUUGGCAUCAUUGAAGGCAGGAGCAAGGUUAAGCUGUCGGCCUCAUUCUCUGCUGGUUAUUGGAUGUUUAUUUUCUGGUCUCACUGCACUCCUCAGGUAUGUUGCUGAGGCACUGACGGGGUGACCAAUGCCUGCCUGGUCCAGGUACCUAUACAAUUUAGCUCUAGGGCUUUGGGUCAGUAAGGUUCCAGGUUUUGGGUAUUGCCCUGAAAUCUGCCUUGAAUAAUGUUUACCGGGAACAGAAAACUCCUCCACAGAGGCAGCUUGCCUUGUAUUUUCCUUUUGUUCAUUUUUUUCAAUGCUGCAGCUUUAACUUUGACACAGCAAGCAGAAGGAGAGGGAGCGAGUAGAGAGCUUUCUGCAGCCCACUUUUUCCAUUAGUUUGAAAAAGAGGAGAGUGGUGGCAGCAGCAGCCAGAGCUCACUGGCUUUCUAGUUCUGUGCUAUGAGGAAUAAAGACACUGUAGGGCGGUGAACCUGAACUUAGCCCAUUCAUCCAUACUGCAUUGAGUGAUUGCAUGGAGUCAAAUGCCACUUGGGGGUGAAGAGCACGCAUCAUCUUGCAUUCCUGCUGGAUAUGCCAGGAAGGACCCUUAACAGACUCCAGUAAGUGAAAGCCACAGGACCAAGUCUUCGGGCUGGCCGCCUCCCUCAGGAACCUGGGCCUUGAACCAGGUGCCACCCUAUGGAUGGGAGAUGAUGACAAACCGAGAUGGCCGUGACUACUUCAUCAAUCACAUGACACAGGCAAUCCCAUUUGAUGACCCUCGGUUUGACAGCUGCCAAAUCAUCCCUCCAGCUCCACGGAAGGUGGAGAUGAGGAGAGACCCUGUGCUGGGCUUUGGGUUCGUGGCAGGGAGUGAAAAGCCUGUGGUUGUUCGCUCAGUGACACCAGGUGGCCCCUCAGAAGGCAAGCUGAUCCCAGGAGAUCAGAUUGUAAUGAUUAAUGAUGAACCAGUCAGUGCUGCACCAAGAGAGAGGGUCAUCGACCUGGUCAGAAGCUGCAAAGAAUCGAUCCUGCUCACUGUCAUUCAGCCUUACCCUUCUCCCAAAUCAGCAUUUAUUAGUGCUGCAAAAAAGGCAAGAUUGAAGUCCAACCCGGUCAAAGUGCGCUUUUCUGAAGAGGUCAUCAUCAACGGCCAAGUGUCGGAAACUGUUAAAGACAACUCACUUCUUUUUAUGCCAAAUGUUUUGAAAGUCUAUUUGGAAAAUGGACAGACCAAAUCCUUUCGCUUUGACUGCAGCACCUCCAUCAAGGAUGUCAUCUUAACCCUGCAAGAGAAGCUGUCUAUCAAAGGCAUUGAGCACUUCUCUCUCAUGCUGGAGCAGAGGACCGAAGGGGCCGGGACCAAGCUACUGUUGCUUCAUGAACAGGAGACACUCACUCAGGUGACACAGAGGCCCAGCUCCCAUAAGAUGAGGUGUCUUUUCCGGAUCAGUUUUGUCCCAAAGGAUCCCAUUGACCUGUUAAGGAGAGAUCCAGUUGCUUUUGAGUAUCUCUAUGUUCAGAGUUGUAACGACGUUGUUCAGGAGCGAUUUGGACCAGAGCUGAAAUACGACAUUGCCUUGCGGCUGGCCGCGUUACAAAUGUACAUCGCCACUGUCACCACCAAACAGACGCAGAAAAUCUCCCUCAAAUACAUUGAGAAAGAAUGGGGACUGGAGACAUUUCUUCCAUCUGCUGUGCUACAGAGCAUGAAAGAGAAGAACAUCAAAAAAGCACUUUCUCACCUUGUCAAAGCAAAUCAAAACUUGGUACCACCGGGUAAAAAGCUGUCUGCAUUGCAAGCCAAGGUCCACUAUCUCAAGUUCCUCAGUGACCUGCGACUAUAUGGAGGCCGUGUGUUCAAGGCAACAUUAGUGCAGGCAGAAAAGCGCUCAGAAGUGACUCUUCUGGUUGGUCCCCGGUAUGGCAUAAGCCACGUCAUAAACACCAAAACCAAUCUGGUGGCUCUUUUAGCUGACUUCAGCCAUGUCAACAGGAUUGAAAUGUUUACUGAAGAGGAGAAUUUGGUGAGGGUGGAGUUGCAUGUGCUAGAUGUGAAGCCCAUCACACUCCUUAUGGAGUCAUCAGACGCCAUGAACCUGGCCUGUCUGACAGCUGGAUACUACCGGCUGCUUGUGGACUCCAGGAGGUCAAUAUUUAACAUGGCCAACAAGAAAAAUGCAGGCACACAGGACACAGGAACAGAAAAUAAAGGCAAGCAUAAUAUCCUUGGUCCUGAUUGGAACUGUAUGCCUCAGAUGACCACCUUCAUUGGCGAAGGGGAACAAGAAGCCCAAAUCACAUAUAUAGAUUCAAAGCAGAAGACAGUUGAGAUGACAGACAGCACCUUAUGUCCCAAAGAGCACCGGCAUUUAUAUAUCGACAACACAUACAGUUCAGAUGAACUUAGCCAACCACUGACUCAGCCAGGUGAUACCCCCUGUGAGGCUGACUACAGAAGCCUAGCUCAGCGGUCCCUGUUGACCCUCUCAGGACCAGACACUCUGAAGAAAGCACAGGAAUCCCCAAGAGGAGCUAAAGUGUCCUUUAUUUUUGGAGAUCUUGCCUUGGAUGAUGGCAUGAAUCCCCCAACUCUAGGCUAUGAAAGACUGUUAGAUGAGAAUCCAGAAAUGCUGGAGAAGCAGAGGAAUCUCUACAUCAGCAGUGCCAAUGACAUGAAAAACCUGGACCUCACUCCAGACACAGACAGCAUCCAGUUUGUGGCAAAUUCUGUAUAUGCAAACAUAGGUGAUGUGAAGAACUUUGAGGCCCCUGCGGGGAUAGAGGAGCCCCUCUUACAUGACAUCUGUUAUGCAGAAAACACUGACGAUGCAGAAGAUGAAGAUGAGGUGAGCUGCGAGGAGGACCUUGUGGUGGGAGAGAUGAAUCAACCAGCCAUCCUUGACCUGUCAGGGUCAAGCGAUGACAUCAUUGACCUCACGAGCCUGCCUCCUCCAGAAGGCGAUGACAAUGAGGAUGACUUCCUCUUGCGUUCUCUGAACAUGGCCAUCGCUGCUCCCCCACCUGGCUUUAGAGACAGUUCUGAUGAGGAGGACACUCAGAGCCAGGCAACAUCCUUCCAAGAGGACAAGGAACAAGGCAGCAGCCUACAGAAUGAGGAGAUCCCUGUGUCCCUCAUUGAUGCUGUGCCCACCAGCGCAGAGGGCAAGUGUGAGAAGGGACUGGACCCUGCUGUCGUUUCCACACUGGAAGCCCUAGAAGCUCUUUCAGAAGAACAACAGAAGAGUGACAAUUCAGGUGUAGCCAUCUUGCGGGCUUAUAGUCCUGAGUCUUCAUCAGACUCGGGCAAUGAGACUAACUCUUCUGAAAUGACAGAGGGUUCUGAGCUAGCCGCAGCCCAGAAGCAGUCGGAAAGCCUCUCGCGCAUGUUCUUGGCCACUCAUGAAGGCUAUCACCCUCUUGCAGAAGAGCAGACCGAGUUCCCCACCUCCAAAGCCCCCUCAGGGGGCUUGCCUCCAAAGUCCUCCCAUGGCCUGGCUGCUCGCCCAGCGACUGACCUCCUACCCAAAGUUGUGCCUUCCAAGCAGAUCCUUCACUCAGACCACAUGGAAAUGGAGCCAGAAACCAUGGAGACCAAGUCGGUCACUGACUAUUUUAGCAAACUGCAUAUGGGGUCAGUGGCAUAUUCCUGUACCAGCAAAAGGAAAAGCAAACUUGCUGAGGGAGAGGGGAAAGUGCCCCUGAGUGGGAAUGCACCAGGAAAAAAACAGCAAGGAACCAAAAUGGAAGAGAUGGAGGAGGACGCCAAAGGCAAAGUUGGCACUGUGUCUUCAAGAGACAGUCCACACCUCAGCACUUUUAACCUGGAGAGAACUGCCUUUCGCAAGGACAGCCAAAGAUGGUAUGUGGCCUCUGAUGGUGGGGUGGUAGAGAAAAGUGGUGUGGAAGCACCAGCCAUGAAAACCUUUCCCAGAGGUCCAGGUCUGGGGAACAGGGAGGCUGAAGGGAAGGAGGAUGGCACUGUGGAAGGAGAUGCUGAUGAAGGUUCAGGAGUUAACCAAGGGGACCGCUUCCUAACAGACAUGGCCUGUGUGGCCUCAGCCAAAGACUUAGAAAACCCUGAAGAUGCUGACUCACCCACUUGUGACCAUGCCACUAAGCUUCCUGAGACUGAAGACAGCGUGGCCCGCCUUUGUGACUACCAUUUGGCCAAGCGGAUGUCAUCCCUGCAGAGUGAGGGCCAUUUUUCCCUCCAGAGCUCUCAAGGCUCUUCAGUGGACACAGGCUGUGGCCCAGGCAGCGGUAGCAGUACCUGUGCCACGCCUGUGGAAUCGCCCCUCUGCCCCUCCCUGGGGAAGCACCUGAUUCCCGAUGCUUCGGGGAAAGGCGGGAGUUACAUUUCACCAGAGGAGAGAGUCACUGGCCAUCCCAACCAUGGAGCCACCUUCAAGGAAUUGCACCCACAGACGGAAGGGAUGUGUCCGCGCAUGACAGUGCCUGCACUGCACACAGCCAUUAAUGCUGACCCCCUGUUUGGCACAUUAAGAGAUGGAUGCCAUCGACUGCCCAAGAUUAAGGAAACCACAGCUUUGACAGAGCCUGGGAAGGAGAGACAAGGAGGCAUGCCUUCAGCUUGGUCUCAACAUCCUGAAGCUGAUCCCAUCCUGCUACCAUCAAAUAUUCACUUGGAAUCAAAGGUGCCAAGCCCAAAUCAAGACCCUAAUGAUUUCUCCCAAGCAAACCAGGCAUUCGGAGAGGCUGUGAGCUGGUGGCCAGCGGAUCUGAGAGGGGGGAGCCUCAGGACACCCCCCAGCCAGAGGGCUCUCAGACAAAGCAGCAGUGUCCUCUCAGGACCCGUAGGUUUGGAGACCUUCCAAGAGAGAACCAAGGGUGCAGUCAGCUUGAAAUAUCCAGGUAUCACAGAAGCACAGGAAGCCAGUUCGGAAAGACGAACAGAACUCCCACUGGGGAAGAAGCUCACCAAAAGUUUUUCCCAAAGCUCGAUGCACUUUAUCUCUGAGGGAAAGUUUCACAAAAGGUCCCCAGUGUCUCAUAAAGACUCAAAGCUGUAUAGGACCCUACCCUUGCGGAAGCUGGAGGGCAGCAACUGGAGAUGCCGAGGGCCCUUCAGCUACUGUUUUCUGAACCAAGGGCAGGAUGAAGAUGGGGAUGAGGAGGAAGAGGAGGGAGAGGCCACCCUUCAGGUCUCUUGCCUCUAUCGACCACAGAUAAGUCAAGCCAUGCAGGAACCAAGCAAGUCAUCCCUGGUUGCUGGACUGCAGAAACAAGGAGAACUGUGCAGAGGGCCAGUGAUGAAGGUCUGGACAGAAGACCCCAGUGGCCCAGAUGACUUAGAUUUCAGCAGUCUGGCUUUUGAUGCCCGGAUUGCAAGAAUAAAUGCCCUAAAGGCGAGCACAUAUGGAAUGCCCGAUGGGUUCCUCGAAGCCCAGAAUGAUGCCAAUGAGCUGCUCUGCCUUGUCAGGGCAACCAAGGCAAAGAGGGAGGAGUCAUGCCCUGAAGCAUAUGACCUUACACUUUCUCAGUACAAGCAACUGUUAUCCAUUGAGUCCAGACAGUUGGGAAGUGCCUGUAGGAAAAUGGCAAUGGCCGAGAAAAGCCCAGAAGAGAUGCUCCUAGCUAUGAGUUCCAGUUUUCAAGUGCUCUGUUGCCUAACAGAAGCUUGCAUGCGGUUAGUGAAAGUCGUGAACUCUGAAACACAGCGGCAGGAAAUUGUAGCGAAGAUUGAUGAAGUGGUCAUAAACUAUAUUUGUCUCCUGAAAGCUGCUGAGGCAGCCACUGGCAAGACCACGGGGGAUCCUAGUAUUGGACUAUCGAUGCGACAUUCAACCACCAUGGCCGCUCUUGUAAGCACACUAACACGUUCUCUCAAGAUGCUUUUAAAUAAAUAAAUAUGAAAGUCACAUCAUAAUCUACCUUUGCAAAGCCAUACAUGAACUUUUCUUUACUUUCUGUGUACAAUGAACAAAUGUCUCCUUUCUUCUCUCUGUAUAUUUUGUUCUUUUAUAUAAAAUAGGAGAUAGAAGUUACAUUGAUGAAAUGUUUGAAAUGUCCUAAUCAGAUGUAUUCUGUUUAUAUUAUACAUAUAUUACAUGUAAAAGGAAUAUAUGAGAAAAUGAUGGCAUUUGGCUAUUUUUCAUAUAGUCAAAACUCCAGGCAUAUGAUGUGAGAUUUUAAAUUCUACCAUGUUAGAGGAAAACAAUAAAUCCUAUCCCCUCUCCUUCCAAGCGGAUACUUAGAGACCCUAUCAUUCAUAUUUAGAAGUAAAAGUCAAAAAAAAUAGAAAAGACACCAAAAUGUAUAUAAAACAGUUCUUGUGCUUUAAAAUUAUGAUUUUAAACAAAACAUGGAAGGACAGCCUACUACUGGGACAAACUGAUUUUUAAGCAUUGGAACUACCAAAGGGAUAUUUAAAAUUCAAGAAGCUAUUACAAAUUAUUAGAGAAUAUAUAUAUAAUAAAUUAACUUUUCACUCAUAGUAUUUUGUUAUUGGAUGCUUUCUUCCAAGAAUUCUCACAUAUUUAAUUUUGGUUUAUGCUAUUUGGGCUACAGAUGGGCAGGGGGUGGACAGAUUCCAGUGUGUCAACGUAAAUGCUCUUUACAGUAUUUCUAGACUCUAAAAUUUCCCCAAAUAGAAGAACAGAGGAAAUGAUGGGCAGGAUCCUAGGCAAUAGCUAAAGGUAUAAGUUAUCUAAUUAUAUAAAAUAAAUGGUAUUAGUAAAGCCAAAAUUAAAUUGUUCAGUGAAAAAAAAAGAGAUCUGCUUCUACUCAAUGUCAAAAUACAUAAACCAAAGGCAUUAUUUUCUUCCAAUUCAAUCAUGAAGUUUAUGACUUCCUUUAGAGAACACCUAGUAAAGUGUUUGUAGAAUUACACAAAACAAAAGACUUAAUCAUCACAAAAAGUGCAGACCCAGCAUUGUAAAUCAGACCGCAUACCAGCACCAAGCACAGCUCAGCCUUCAGCUCCUUGCCCUCAGCUCUAAGAAGAGCUUCCUAUGGUAUCAUGGCUAGCAACAAAACAUGGAAGGACAGCCUACUACUGGAACAGAUUUUCAAAUCUAGAAUGUUCCAGAAAAUCAAGGAGAGACGACUACUCUGAUAAUUGAAACCAUGAUUCAAAACGCAAUAUUUAUUUAAUCAGUACUUCAUUUGGCUGAUAGAAAUAUGAAAUCUGAACAGAAACAUGGCAAAUUUGACCAUUUCAAGUGAAACUAAGGGAAUGCAAAAGGGAUGUUCUGAACUGUCAUCUCUCUAAAAAUACAUUUGGGUCAAAACAAAAGGCGGCAAACUCUUUGAUCAUAAGUUAAAUUGAUAUGUACAUAUGUAGUUCCUGGAUCACUCCGUAGUCAAGCUCUCCACAUUCUAUUUAUGUAAAUGGCUUCUUAGAAUAAGAGUAGUAUAGCAAGAACCAAUAUUUCCCAUUGUGUAGCCUGCCAUGCAGGAGACCUAGCAAGGUCCACAGUUGCUAUUUCUCUCUG